UGUGUCUGUAACGUGUGUGUGUGUGUGUGUUUCAGGUGAAAGUGAGCAGAGAAUCCGCAGGAAGCUGCAGGACCUGUCCUCCACACAGAGCACAGCCAAUCAGCAGCAAGCAGCAGCAGCAGGGGGCGGAGACUCCUUCCUGCAGACCCAGGCUCCGCCCCAUUCCCAGGCUCCUCCCACUCCUGUUCCCCAGCAGCGUGUCCCGGCUCCCCCCGCGCCGAGCGGGCGCCCGAGGACCGUCCCCAACAUCCUGUCCCGCAGUAAGGUUCCCGCUGCGUUGGCGCCGGCGCCGUUAGCGGCAGAGCUCGUGUCCCUGGUGAGUCCGAUCCUGGCGCUGAGCCCGCUGAUGGCGGCGCCCGUGGCGCUGCAGACGUCUGCUCCCGCUCCAGGCGUGGCUUCAGUCACUCUGACCAAUCAGCAGCUCCACCUCACCUCACUGCCCCUCCCCCCGCCCGGUAAGAUCUACAGUAGCUCCGCCCCUCUCGCCUUCACUAACCUCACAGCCGCUGACUUCAGCAACCUGCUGCAGCUGGUUCAGCCCUCAAGUACACAACAAAUACAAAUACAAGAACAAAUACUACAGCCCUCAAGUACACCACAAAUACUACAGCCCUCAACUACACAACAAAUACUACAGCCCUCAACUACACAACAAAUACUACAGCCCUCAACUACACAACAAAUACUACAGCCCUCAACUACACAACAAAUACUACAGCCCUCAACUACACAACAAAUACAACAGCAGCAGCAACUACAGACUCAAGAACAAGUACUCCAACCACAGAUACUCCAGCCCCCCCCCCAGCAGCGGCAGCAGGAAGUCCCGCCCCCAGGCCAGGAGACCGGAGACGAGAGUCUGACCUCGCUGCUCAACGAGAUCGUCUUCCUGAACCAGCAGAACGUCGCCACGGCAACCGCCACCGGGGUCACAUCGCCGUUACCGGUGAAGAAACCGCCCAAUGAGGACGAUGCUGAUGGCGAUGGCGAUGGUGAUGUCGGAGCUGUGGGCGGAGCCAAAGAGCCGGGCCCCCCCCAUAGCCCCUGGCUGCUGCAGCUGGACUCAGACUCUGACGACGCUGCGCUUCCCGACAGCACGGAGGCGACAGCGAACGCACCGCAGCCUGGACCUGAUCACGGGAGCGCUAAAGGCUCCGUCCUGGCUCCGCCCCCUCUGCUGCAGAUGAAAGUGGGCGGAGCCAAGGCGGCGGCGAAGCCCGCCAGCAGCGAUGGCGCAGCGGGAGAGGAAGACGCAGACGGAGGGGGGGCAGGGGGAGGGGGGGUCGCCUGGAGGCCGAUGCCGAGGCUGGUUCCUCUGGGGCUGAGAGGAAACCCGCCCAGCUGACAUCACACGCCACCUUUACACGCCACCUUUACACGCCACCUUUACACGCCACCUUUACACGCCACCUUUACACGCCACCUUUACACGCCACCUUUGGGUUUAAACAGGAAGCUCUUCUGCUGCGUUUCCUGGGUCAUGUCUGCCGUGCCUCGUAGGAAGAUUGUUGCCGGAAGAAAUUAUAGUCCACAUUUAUAAUUGUUAGUGUGUGUGUGUGUGUGUGUCUGUGUGUGUGUGUGUGUGUGUGUGUGUGUGUGUGUGUGUGUGUGUGUGUGUGUGUGUGUGUGUGUGUGUGUGUGUGUGUGUGUGUGU